AUGACCGAUAACGAACCUAAAGCAGACCCUCUCGACGUCAAUACCCUCUCCUUCAAACUACCCCCUUUUACACCGAGCAACCCCCGGGUUUGGUUUCGUCAAAUUGAAUCGGUUUUCUCGACGAGCCGUAUUACAAGCGAACGCACCCGCUACUCCUAUGUUGUGAAAAGUCUCCCCUUCGACGUCGCCGUCGAUGUUGACGACCUCCUCGACCCUAUUCCUGCCAACGAACCGUACACCCAGUUAAAGAAUGCCGUCAUCUAGAGAGUGGUCGAGUCGGUCAAUCGGAUGCUACGGGAGUUGUUCACACCGGUAGAACUGGGAGAUCAAACUCCUUCGCAGCUUAUGCGCCACAUGCGCCCAUUACUGGCUGGUCGUCAUGUGGUCGACGGCAUCCUUCGACAAAUCUGGUUGGAUAAGUUGCCGGUUCCCAUGCAGUAGGUUUUGUCUAUGCUGGACAUUAGAAUCUCUCUAGACAAAGUGGCCAAUCAUGCCGACAGGAUCAGUGAAUGUUACCCAGUUGGCGCGACAUGCGUCAACAUUCAACUGACCUCGGCGCCCGACAGAUCUGAUGGAGUAGCCAUCUCCUAUCCCGAAGGCACUCCUUCACUAGACGCUUGUGUGGAGCGGUCGGCCUGUCGUUGCUCAUCACGCAGAGCCACCACGCCAUCAGGUCCAUCAAAACAACUGAACAGUCCUCACCGCAGUGACUAUGACGAUCUAAGAGACACUGUACGUCUUCUGUGCACACAAGUGAGCACAAUGUGCACUGCGCUCAACAGCUCACAGUCGUCAAGAAACCGGUCACCUUCACGCCGUCGUUCUAGAUUUCGUGAACACUUUCUACAAAUCUGUGCUGAUAUAAUCGUGUUUCCGGUCCGAAGGCAUGCAAGUGCUUCCCUCCCUGCACGUACAUGUAGGCCUCGCAACAGGGAAACGACCGCGCCAGCCAGUAACGGCGACAGCUGCCGCUGGCCAGUCACGACCCAAUCGCCUGUUUUAUAUCGGUGACAAGACGAGCGGCCUCCGUUACAUUGUCGGUACUGGUGCCGAGAUCAGUGUGAUCCCGCUUCCAAUGCACCACCAUCAACAUUUAUGGCCAACGGUCACUCACACUUGACAUCGGACUUCGGCGACGUUUCCAGUGGGUCUUUGUGCGGGCCGACGUUAAAUCUCCCAUUAUUGGGGCAGAUUUCCUAACUCAUUUUUGCCUUGCAGUCGACCUCAGGCAUCGCAAACUUAUCGAUACCGUAGGCAUUGCUGCUUCUGAACCCUCGGUUAGCAUCCAGUUGACCGUACCCAGAUCUCCUUUCGCCGACAUUCUGAAGGACUACUCCUCCCUCACUGGGCCCUGUCAGUUCACUGGGGAGGUUCAGCCUACGGUUUAACACCACAUCGUCACCACGGGGCAACCUGUUUAUGCUCAUCCUCGCCAUCUUCACCCCGAAAAACUUCGGAUAGCAAGGAACGAAUUUGAGCCUAUGAUGAAUCUAGGAAUUAUUCGUCCUUCCUCCAGUCCAUGGGCUUCUCCUCUCCACAUGGUAGAUAGAUAGAUAAUUUUUAUUAAAGACCCGUCGGGGUCCCAUCAAACCCAAGAAAUCAACUGAUGAUUGGAGACCAUGCGGCGACUAUCGCCCUCUCAACAGAGCCGCUGUUCCCGACCGAUACCGUAUUCCCCAUAUGCAUGAUUUUUCUCCCACGCUAGAUGGAAAAACUAUUUUUUCCAAAAUAGACCUCGUAAGAGCAUACCACCAGAUUCCGGUCGAGGAAGAAGACAUCCCCAAAACCGCCAUCACAAAGCCUUUCGGUUUGUUCGAAUUCCUUUGCAUACCGUUUGGUUUGCGCAACGCGGCCCAAUCCUUCCAACGCUUCAUCGAUGAGAUCUUGCGGGAUCCCUCAAUCACUUCUGUCUAUAUUGAUGACAUACUCGUCGCAAGUUCUUCGGCAGAGGAACAUGCCUCGCACUUGCGCCAGAUAUUCGACCGUUUCCAGAAACAUGGUCCGCAGUUAAACGUCGACAAAUGUAUCUUUGGCGUCUCUUUUCUAGAUUUCCUUGGUCACCACGUCGACCAUCAUGGAAUCACAUCUUUGCUAGAGAAGGUGCACAGCAUCCUGUUAUUCCCUGUCUCUAAGACGCUAACUCAGCUUCGGCGUUUCAUGGGUCUUCUCAAGUAUUACAGACGUUUUAUCCCUCACUUUGCGACGACCCUAGUUCCCUUAACUGACCUUCUAAAGUCUAAAGCAAAGCCGAUCGAAUUUCCUCCAGCAGCUCACUCAGCCUUUCAGGCAGCUAAGAAAGCUCUUGCUGAUGCCACUUUGCUUCAUCAUCUUAGCUCCGAUCCCACUGACGCUUCCAACAGUGCUGUCGGCGCAGUCCUGCAUCAACAGGUGAAUAAACAGUUGCAGCCAUUGGCUUUCUUUUCACAGAAGCUACAACCGGUGCAGACUCGCUACAAUACUUUCUCACACGAACUCCUUGCCAUCUACUUGGCCAUUCGUCAUUUUCGACACCUCUUUGAGGGCAGAGAAUUUUCGGUUCAAAUCGACCACAAACCUCUCACUUACGCCCUCAAGGUCAAGCCAGAUCGGUAG